AGGGCAUGCUGCAGGCCCACGAUGUGGUGGCUCACGAAAUCUACGGGGAAGAGGCGAUAAGGGUGACCCCCCCGCCAUUGCCCUACCUCAACGGCGAUGACGACGACCUGGAGGCCCCCAACGGGGACCUGGACCUUGAGCACGUCACCCGCGUCCGCCUCGUUCAGUUUCAGAAGAAUACCGACGAACCAAUGGGUAUAACCCUGAAGAUGAACGAGGACGGUAAGUGUAUCGUGGCGAGGAUCAUGCACGGCGGUAUGAUCCAUCGGCAGGCGACCCUCCACGUCGGCGACGAGAUCCGGGAGAUCAACGGCAUCCCGGUGGCCAACCAGUCUGUCUCCGCCUUGCAGAAGAUACUCAGAGAGGCGAGAGGGUCGGUGACAUUCAAGAUCGUGCCAUCAUACAGAAGCGCACCACCGCCAUGCGAGGUACAAAUUUUUGUACGUGCUCAAUUUGACUAUGAUCCUUUAGAAGAUGACCUUAUCCCUUGUGCUCAAGCUGGUAUUUCUUUUAAAACUGGUGAUAUUCUUCAGAUAAUAAGUAAGGAUGAUCAUAACUGGUGGCAGGCGAGGAGAGACAAUGCCGGCGGGUCUGCAGGUCUUAUCCCGUCUCCCGAACUUCAAGAAUGGAGAACUGCCUGUGUUGCUCUAGAAAAGAGUAAACAUGAACAAGUGAAUUGCUCAAUCUUUGGUCGUAAAAAGAAACAAUACAAGGACAAGUAUCUAACCAAAAACAAUGCUGUAUUUGACCAGCUGGACUUGGUCACUUAUGAAGAAGUUGUUAGGUUACCUUCAUUUCUGAGGAAGACACUUGUUUUACUCGGAGCGCACGGUGUGGGCAGGCGACAUAUUAAAAAUACUUUGAUUGCGAGGCAUCCUGAUAAAUAUGCUUACCCUAUUCCUCAUACAACAAGGCCUCCAAGGAAUGAGGAAGAAAAUGGAAGAAAUUAUUACUUUGUCUCAAACGAUGAGAUGAUGGCUGAUAUUGCAGCUAAUGAAUAUUUAGAAUAUGGAAGUCAUGAGGAGGCUAUGUAUGGAACAAAAUUAGAAACAAUAAGAAAAAUCCACGGAGAAGGAAGGGUAGCAAUACUCGAUGUAGAACCCCAAGCUCUGAAAAUGUUGAGGACAUCCGAGUUUGCGCCGUUCGUUGUCUUCAUUGCUGCUCCUCACCUCAAUAAUCUGGCUGAUUUUGAUGGAAGCUUAGAGAGAUUGGCGAAGGAAUCUGAGCUACUGCGGCAAGCCUAUGGCCAUUACUUUGAUUUAACAAUUGUAAACAAUGAUAUAGACGAGACGAUUGCUUCCCUCGAGCGAGCGAUAGAACGUGUUCACUCAACCCCACAAUGGAUCCCUGUCUCAUGGGUCUAUUGACGAGCGAGUAUCAUAUCUCUUCAAGAUAUCGAGCCUUCAAAACUAUAGUGAUUACGUCAUCUUCCUAAACGAAACAUGCAUCUUCUUCUAUCAUCAUUAACUCUCUAUAAUCAUUUUUCAUUUUAUUUAUAAAAUAAUUUAAAAGAAAAACAGAACUAAAAUAAAUCAAUUAUUGAUGCGUUAAUUGUCAAUAUAAGAAGUAAAUGAAACCUUCUUGCAAGGACUCAAAACUUACCUUAAUUGUGAUGUGAUAUUGGACAAUGUUUACUAAAAUUAACUUUAAUUCCUUUUGUAUAAAAAAAAACAAAAAAAAAAUUGUAAAAGGUGGAAUGUAAUUAACAUAUGGCCUAUACAUGAAUAACAAAUGGAAUAUGGUUGUUGCCAUGGUGGGGGAUGAAUAAUGUGUUAUCUGUGAUGUAGUGAGAAGUGUUUGGUGCAUUAAAAGAAAAAAAAUAUAAAAAAAUUAAAUAUUAUAAAUAAAUAAAAAGAGGAUGGUAUGAUGUUUCUUGAUAUAUGACUCUUUUAAGAGAUAUUUUAAAACUUGAGAUCUUAGAAUAUUUGGGCCAAUCAAAUUAUUGUUUUAUUAUUGAAAAUUUCUUAAAACUCUUAAUAAGAUGAUAAAAAUCUUUUCUUUGAUUAAAGUAAAGAUUUUUCUAUAGCAAUUGAAGCUAAUAAUUUAGAGAGGUAGUUACAGUAGGCAUCAUUGAUCAUCACAAUAGUGUUAAAAAAAAUAAUAAUAUCAAAAGAUUUGCCAAUGGAGCAAAUCAAGAUGGAAUGGUGAAUUAUAAUUCGUCUGGCAAAGAGACAAAUUUAAAUUAUUAUCUCAGAUUUUAUGAGAAGUUCAUAACUAACGAACUCAGGUCCUUGCUGCAAGAAGGAAUUGCGCUCUUGUUAUAUCUUUAUAGUCCCAUGUUGAAAUUAAUGUUUAUGUUUUUAUAGAAAUUAGCAUAUGUCAAUUAUAUUAGGUUUUAAUAAUUUUUUUUAGAAUAUUGGACUCGAGUACUUGUUAAAGUACUUAACAUAAUGUGUACAAUUGUCGUCAGAAAUGAGAAUAAUUUUCAAUUAUGUAAAUGAAGUGUUUUACUUAAUAUUAAUUAGCUUAAGCUCGUAUUAGAAUUGAGAUAGAGAUUGAUGAAAUACAUCUUGUACGUUUAAAAAAGUUGUAUUCAUCUGAUAUAAAUUCAAUUCUUGCAGCGAGUUCUUGAAUUCAAUUUUAGAUAAUGCAAUAUUGUUCAUAUCAUAUAAAUAGGUCAUAUAUUAAUUAAAUUAUGUAUAAAAGAAAUAAACACCAACAGACAGGUACCAUUCCUUUUUAUUUUACCUCUUCCUUUGAUUUGUUUUCUUGCAUAGGCAUUGAAAUUUUUCAGCUGUAGUAUUUUGUAACCUAUUAAUCAUUUGUAAAUACCGCUAGAGGUCAUCUAAAAGGAUGCCUCUCCUCGGUAUUGUAAAUCGUGUUGUGAGGUACUCUUCAGGGAAUAGUUUUUUAAAAAUAUUUAUAAAUAUUAUUAACAUCAUUUAAUAAAAACGAAAUUGAAAAAAAAAUUAAUAAAUAAAUGAAAAUAUUAGCAGGUUGUCAAAUGUAAUUUGACUAAAAUUAUAUAUAAUUAAAAAAAGUUUUUAAUAUAAAGAUUUUAUUUCAUGUGAACACUAUGAUUAUGUUAAAUAAAUUUAUGAUUGUUAAACAUAGUGGACACAUGUAGCUGGGACAAAGUCUCAUUGUUUCAAUGUAGGGGCCAAUAUUUUAAGUGGUAUUCAAUGAAUAAAGUAUUAAAAAAUACUGUUUUAAAAUAUGACAGAAUUAAUAUUUUGUCUCAUAUACCCUUCAUCACACAAUUGUUAUUGUUUUUGUCACAAAAAAAAAAAAAGAAAAGAAAAAGGUAAGUUAAUAUGCCCGAAUGCCAACACCCGUUGAAACAAGGACUAUUCCUUGUCCUCUCAUAUUUAUUGUUUUCUUGAUACAAUAAAACAAACAUUGUCUAAAUAAUUAAUGAUGUAGUUUUUAUAUAGUCAUAUUAUUAUUUUAAAGUAUUCAAAUUAUAGUAAAUUUAGAAAAUAAAAAAUGAAUUCAUUUAUACUUUUUUUUUAAUCCUAUUUAUAAGUUUACCAAUAAAGAAAUAAAAUUUAAAAAAAUAUAUAUAUAUACAUUUUGAGUAAUAUGUAUAUAUAUACAUGCGUGUAUGAAUGUAAAAAUUGUCUAUUACAUAGAGCUCAUAUCUCACAAAUAACCUAAAACUGACUGUACAAUCCACUCUCAAAUUAUAUAUGUAUAAACAUAUAUAAAUAUAUAUAUAUAUUAAAGUUUUUGAAACAUUGUUAUAGAUUUAAAAUAAUUUAUUACCUAAUGUAACAUAUGUUCUUGUUUUAAUAGCAAUAAAGUUAUGUAAAGAAUAAAAUAAAAUGUCUUUCCAUUUAGUUUCAUGAACAACUUUUUUUCUGUUAUACAUUUGUAAGGUUAUUUUUAUUGAAUUUUGAAUUAUUUGCAAUAAAUUUUAAAAUUGAGUCAAUAAAAGUGAGAUAUUAAACGACCAUUGUUACAAAGUUGUUCUAUUGUAUUCAUUAGGUAUGUCACAGUUCCGUACUUAUUUAUUAUUAAAUAUAUUCAUAAUAAAUGGAGGGAUUCAUGUGGAAGUCGCCUCUACGCGACGAUGAAUGCCUCAAUAGUUGGCGAAAGACCACGUGGAAGGCCAUAAAGCAGAUGGAUAAAUAGGAUCAACAAACAUGAAAUAGAGCUGUUUGCAGAAAAUGCAGAUGUGAAAGAAAUAGCCCAAGAUAUUCAGAGAUGGAGUAGGCUUCUUUAGGAGGCAUAAGAUCUACAGGAUCUGUAAUGCCAACAAAACAAUUAUUACUAAAAGAUAAUUAGUAAGUUUAUUUGAAUUUGAUUACUGUUUUUAUUAAGAGAGGCAAAAGGUCAAAUCAGUUCAUAAUGUUAAAUUGAUAACAUAUUUUGAAUUAAUUUUUUCUCAUUAUAUGUUUCAGAUAAUAUCAAUUUUAAAUGUUGUAUAAUAUUUUAUGUGGUGGGGCUGUGGCAAGUAGUGUGUGUAAAAGGGGGAGUGGGCUAACAUAUGUGUAAAACGCGUUGUUGGGCAAUCUGACUAACUGAAGCAUAUAUGAUCAAAUAAUUACGAGUUCACUUCCCGGUGCCAGAGGGAGCAUUAACUAUGCCAUUAAUCCCCACCCCCUCCCAGGAAAACCCCUUAUAGCCUAAAAAGCAAGGAAGGGGAGAAAAUAUAUAUAAAUAUAUAUUGUAUGUGGCUCAGUGAUAAUGCAGAUGUUAAAUUGCAAUG